GGCCGCAGGUCAGCCCGAGGCUCGCGAGCCCUGCUUCCCCGCCCCUAGUUCCCGGCCUGCGUCCCAUUCCGGCGUCCGCAUCCGGGUCCAUGCCGUGCUAUCAGUGACCCUCAGAGAGGGCGGAGUGCGAGCGGCCAGGAACUGCUGCCAUGUCCCACCAACCACCGAGCUGCCUGAGCGAAAGGGGGGACAACUCCAACCAAAGCACAGAAAAUGGACCCCCCUGUCUGGCUCCCCCGAACCUGGACACGUUCACCCCAGAGGAGCUGCUGCAGCAGAUGAAAGAGCUCCUUGUUGAGAACCACCAGCUGAAAGAGGCCAUGAAGCUAAAUAAUCAAGCCAUGAAGGGACGGUUUGAGGAGCUCGCAGCCUGGACAGAGAGACGGAAGGAGGAACGCCAGUUCUUUGAGACACAGAGCAAAGAAGCCAAAGAGCAGCUAAUAGCCUUGAGUGAUGAGAAUGAAAACCUGAAGGAAGAACUGGGAAAACUACGAGAGAAAUCAGAAAGGUCACUUGAGAACCCCACUGGCAACUCCGAGUUUCCCAAGACAGAGCCGGAGCAAGAACUGGAGCAGCUGAAGACACAGAUGAUUCGCCUUCAAGCUGAGAAGGCCGACCUUCUGGGCAUUGUGUCUGAAUUACAACUCAAGCUCAACUCCAGUGGCUCCUCUGAGGAUUCCUUUGUGGAAAUUAGGAUGACUGUAAGUUUAAAUGAGUGCAUGGAGUUCUUUUAUAACCUAACUUUAGUCUCAGAAGAGAUUCAAAGUCUUUUCAAUGAUUUAAAAAUUGAACCUUCAGCAAGUCAAGGGAGCAAAUGUGCAGAAGGAGCCAGGAACUAUUUGGAAUUUGAGGAAUUAACUGUGAGCCAGCUUCUGCUUUGUCUAAGAGAAGGAAACCAGAAGGUAGAAAGGCUUGAAAUCGCACUCAAGGAAGCCAAAGAAAGAAUUUCAAAUUUGGAAAAGAAAGCGCACGGUCACUCUGAGGCAGAUACUCAGACGGAGGAGAGCCCAGAAGCAGAGAGAGAAGAGAAAGGCCCAGAAACUAUUGGGAGUGAAGUGGAGAUGCUGAACCUUCAAGUGACGACCCUGUUUAAAGAGCUGCAAGAGGCUCAUACAAAACUCAGUGAAGCAGAGCUAAUGAAGAAGAGACUUCAGGAGAAGUGUCAGACCCUUGAGAGGAAAAACUCUGCAAGCCCCUCCGAGCUGAAUGAAAAACAAGAACUUGUGUACAGUAACAAGAAGUUAGAGCUGCAAGUAGAGAGCAUGCGAUCAGAGAUCAAAAUGGAGCAAACUAAAACAGAGGAGGAGAAAACCAAAUUUGCGACUCUGCAGUUGACACACAGCAAGCUUCUUCAGGAGCACAGCCAUGCCUUGAAGACAAUUGAAGAACUAAAGAUGAAAGAGUCAGAAAAGGUGGACAAGGCAGUUCUGCAGGAACUGAAGGAGAAGCUGGGCCUGGCCGAGAAAGCCCUGGCUUCAAAGCAGCUUCAGAUGGAUGAGAUGAAGCAGACCAUUGCCAAGCAGGAGGAGGACCUGGAAACCAUGACCGUCCUGAGGGCUCAAAUGGAAGUUUACUGCUCGGAUUUUCAUGCUGAAAGAGCAGCAAGAGAGAAGAUCCAUGAAGAAAAGGAGCAGUUGGCAUUGCAGCUGGCAAUUUUGCUGAAGGAAAAUGAUGCUCUUGAAGAUGAAGGCAGGCAGUCCCUGAUGGAGCUGCAGAGCCGGCACGGGGCCAGAACAGGCGACUCAGACCAGCAGGCUUAUCUCGUUCAAAGAGGAGCGGAGGAGAUCAGCUGGCGGCAGCAGCAAAGGAAUAUUCCGAUUCAUUCUUGCCCCAAAUGCGGCGAGGUGCUGCCCGACAUAGACACGCUGCAGAUCCACGUCAUGGACUGCAUCAUUUAACUCCGAGCGUGCCGCUCCCACCUGCUCCGUCUCGUGUGUGUCGUCUUCCGUCAGCCGUCAGGUCGCACUGUGUUUGUGUCAGAAGGAAAAGGUGUGCAUCCCAAGUAGGACGUUUCUGUGUACGGAUCUCCUGAAGCUCACAAAAUAGGACCCUAAGCAUACCACGCGUCUUAUCAUCAAUGCCUGCUUUUGCGUGUUGUUGGGUUUUUUAUGUUCGGUCUCUGAGCGCUGCGCGGUAGGUGCCGUGUGACGGUGUGUUACUAGACUAGACGGGAGGAAAGUCACUGGGAAGUUGUAAGAACCUUUAAAGAAGUAGGAAAACGAAAGGAUCACAGAUAGACUCAAGAAAACUGCCUUUGGAGUAUUUUUUUAAUUAUACUGUUAUUUUUCUUCAUCCAUUUAAAACGAAUCUUUGGGAGGGUUUGUGUGUACAUCUGUCUAUGUUGUCAUUUGAUCGCAGUCACAGGAAUUGUACCAAAGGAAGGGCAUGGCUCUUUUCAUGUAAGCACUGUGCACUAGACUUGCUAAUAGGCCAAGUGAAGUCGAUUCUACUAACUUUGCUUGAAUUCAUAAUGUAAAGACGUUACCUUUCUUCAUUCAUCGUACUGCAGAUACGUGGGCUUGUACAGCAGAUAGUGGAUUAGCUUGUAUGAAAAGGCUGUACAUUAAUUUUCUCCCUGAUUAGGUUACAUCUUCAUAAUCACAAAAAUAGUGAUUGCAAAAUAAAAUUUUACUUAUGAAUCUUUUAUACUCUUCACAUAUGAUAUGACUAAUUUCAUAGCGUGCAUUUUCUGUCUUAAGCUUAUUCAGCUUAACAAUAAGGCCUAUUGGGUUAAUUCUAUGAUGCCAUCCCCUAGGGAACAAGAUGAGUCCAUCUUGUUUGAGUUAGAAAUGGGUCUUGCUUAGGAAGUGACUCAGUGGGUAUUUGCCAUUAUUUUGUAAACCUACCAGUUACUGCGACCUACAACUAUUGGAACAGCCACUAAAAUGAAUCCUGUCCUUGGGCAUUUAGAUCAUACAAACACGUUCUUUCCUGUUUGCUCAGGCCUUCGUGCAGGCUCAGCCUUGGCACAGAACUUGAUAGGGUGCACUCAGGGGCAAACGUGGAGCAACUGUGGUUCUUCGCAGACUCUAUUAAGUCUUGCAGUUGGAACCUACCUCCACCCUGUGGCCCUAUGGGAUAAACAGACCUGGUGAUCUGUUUGCAUAACGAUCGUGGCCAAGAAACCCUUGUGGGGCCAUUCUGCUCUAGCUUGUGGGGAUCUCCUACGUCACAACAACAACAACAACAACAACAAAAUGUAUACAGUCUUCACCCUGCGUCUGAGCCUGUAACCACACUUUGCCUCGGAGCAUCUGCCUUCCUCCCGUCUGCUCAAACUGUCUCUCUCUCAAAAACAAACAAACUCACAGUCGUGGCGUUGAUGCUGACUCACAUGACCCUGUAGGACAGGGUUGGCCUCCCGUGUGGGUGUCCGAGACGGCAGCUCUACAGGAAUGGAGAGCCAUGCCUUUCGUCUUGAACUGCUGACCUGCAGUUAGCAGCCUGGCGCACCAGGGCUUCUCCAACAUGGUCUCCUCUGCCCACACAAGAAACUGCUGAGCCUGGUGUUCAGCCUCCUCCAUCCAAUUACUUUAUACUGACUUUGUACAUUUCUACUUCUCUCUAUCUUCCCUCAUCUCCAGUAAAACUGGUCCUUCUUGAUGAAACCAAAACCAAGUUCACGACCGCCGAGUCUCUUCUGACCACCGUCACUCUAGGACGAAGGAGACGUGCCCAUGUGGGUUUCCAAGACAGUUCGCCUGUCUGGAUGCGCAAGCCUCCUCUGGAGGGACUGGCUGGUGAGCCUGAACUACUGGCUGAACUACCAGCCCAACCUGUAACCCACGGUGCCACCAGGGCUCCUUGAUUACCUCAUGUUAUUUAUCUUGUACGCUUAAACAUCAGAUCUCCCUCCUUACCAAGGCUGAGCACACAAUACCGAGCCUCACUCCCAGGGCUUCUGCGUCCUUACACGUAGAGCCCAGGAUUUCUGACACGUCGCAGGGAUGGCUGGUAUUGGGGUCUCUGAGGCCAGACUCGCUCGUGUCUUGUGGCAUUGCUUUUCUUCAGCCCCAUGCCUUCCAGGAGAAAAACCCACAAACCCUGCUGCCUGUCCACGUUUAUCAUUGAAACCAACCAUCUCUUUGGACCUUCCCACUGAACCAGGGCUACUUGACAAACGGGUCAGCCCCUGAAACCUGCGUCUUUCCCCCUCCAGCUCAGUUCUGCACUGCCCUUGGGACACCUCUUUCCUCAGUGUGUGGUGUAGUAGAGCUUAAAUUCUGAGUACCAGGUUUGCAGGUGGUUAAGGAUAACAGUGACCACCAAAAAUCAAUUGGCAGAGUGCCCACCUGGAUGAAGCCUCCAGGGAGCCCUUCUAACCUCGGACCAGGGAUGUGAACAGUCUUGCCCGCUGGCAGAGUGCAUUGGAAAGUUAACCAGCCGGGAAGGGGCAGUGUCUCUUAGGGGCUUGCCUGAGUAUGUCCUUAAUGGAACCUGCCCUACUGGGGUGCCUGCUCAUGAGUCAAGCCCUAACUGCUUCGGUCAGCAGGCCCAGGACCCAAUCGUGUGGGCUUUCCUGUAACAGAAUGUAUCCUAAUCCUGGUCCCGUGCCCACUUCUCCAGUCCCACCUGUGACUGAGAGGCACUGAGCUCCUGCCAAUCUCGCUUUGAUGAAACUGUUUCCGUUGCCUACCCACGCCUUUUGUAAGUCCCUGAAUCCCAGCAAAACCUCAGACACCAUUAUCACUUCAUGCUAAUGGGGCCCCUCGUCGGGAUAUGUUUUUGCCCUUGGCUUAUCUUUGCCCUUUUUAAGACUUAAUAAAUGUUCUCUUUACAUGCUCGUUA